AUGAAAAACGGUUUCAACCACCUGAAGUAUGUUCAAAGGGCUGUGGGUAAAACCUGUCUGCUCAUCAACUACACCACCGAUGCCAUCCCUGCAGAAUACGUCCCCACAGUCUUCGAAAUCUACUAUGCACACAUGAUGAUAGAUGGGAAACCAGUGAGUCUGGGUCUGUGGGACACAGCAGGACAGGAGGACUACGACAAGCUCAGACCCCUGGCCUACCCCGAUGCGCACGUGUUCCUAAUUUGCUUUUCACUGACAAUGCCAUCUUCCUUUGAAAACGUUCGUGCCAAGUGGGUUAACGAAGUGAGACACCACUGCAAAGAGGCUCCUAUAAUCCUGGUGGGCACCAUGCUGGACCUCAGAGAUGAUGAAGACACAAUAAAUGAGCUAAAAGAAAAGAAACUGUCUCCAAUCACCUGUGAGCAAGGCUUGUUUAUGGCUAAAGAAAUAGGUGCAGUGAAAUAUGUGGAGUGCUCAAAUUUGACAAAACACAGCCUGAAGAGGGUGUUUGAUGAAGCCAUCAGGGUGGUCCUGAACCCAAAACCGAACCCACAACCAACUAAAUCGGAGUCAUUUAAGCAACCACCAGCAGCCUCGGGUCCAAUAACUCCACAAACUGCUCCUCGUAGAGCUUCUGCUGACAAAACAGGUCAAAGGACCAGUAGAAGACACGAGGAUGCUGCAGGUCUUGAAGAGGUCACUAAGAAAAUCCAGGAGCUUCUGCUGGUGUCACAGAGRUUACCAGAUGUCACGGCUGCAAUCAGAGAGCUCAGUGAUCUGGCUGCCUCUCAAAGAGUCACCGUAUCUCCUCCGCAGCUCCAGACCAUUAGGCAGGGCUUCUGCUGUGUUGUUUGUAAGAAGUUCAUCAAGCAACCAAUGUUCGCUCUGUGUUGUCAGAGCAUCAUUGGCUGUAAAACGUGCCUGGAACGAUGGCAUGAGACUUCUGCACACUGCGCAAAAUGUAGAGGGAACAAUGCAGGAAACAAAAUGUUUGAAGUUCGGGGUCUGGGAGAGGCCUUUUCUGUCCUCAGAUCCCUUGUUGAUGAGUCACAAUUUGCUUUUCAGUGCUCAAAAACUGAAUAGUUUUAUUUACUUUUAGGCUGAUGAAGGAAGCUGCGUUGUGAUUUUGAAUGAAGUAUACAUGGCAAYAAUAGAAACCAUAUUAAAGAUGUCUGUAUUAAUACAUCAUCAUUAGUAUCAUUUCAUGUAAAACUGUACUUUGCACUCAGUGGUUUACCCAGUAAUGUAAACAUUAUAAAAAAUUUGAAUACAUCUUUGAAUCCUUGAA